UAACAGGAGGAGCGCCACUUGUCACUUCCGCAGUCCUACGGUCCAUGGCGGUACCCGGAGGCUAACCGGCUUGGGAGAGACGAAAGGAAAAAAAUAUAUAUAUAUAUACUGUAAAGUCCGCGUGCACGCAGAGAGCACUCUCCGGGAUUGUGGUGGGUGUCGGGUGUGGGCACUUUUUACCCGGAACGUUGUUGCUGCUGGACAACAGCGGCAGGGGAAGCGUCCCCUCCAACCGGAAGCGAUCGCCUUCGGGCACGCAAGGAUCGAGUUAGCGCAGAGCCGGGCACCAGAGGGCGCUGCGUAGGACCAGGGACCGGAAGUGGUCGAGGUCAGAGGCGACCUGAUCGGUCCUAACUUCCGGGAUUCGGUGGGCCUGUUGCGGGGCUCAGAUGAUGAGCGGCGGCGGAGCUCGCUUGGCCUGCGUCUGUUUGGGGGACCCAGGGUGAUGGGAUAUGCGAGGCCUGCGGCCGAGAGCACUGCCCGUCGCCGCUGCGUGACCUCAGCUGGUUCCUGUGUUCUAGCUUUGAGCGCUGCCGCCGGACCAACUGCUCACCAUGUUCCUGGCGCGCCUGACUUCACGGCUGGCCAGGACUGUUGUUCCCUGGGCAGGUUUCAGUCGUUCCUGCCCUGGCUCCGGGGUGAUUGGCAGCUAUGCUUUUCGACCCCUUUACAGUUUGCAGCCUGCAAGCCCAAGUCGGGCUGCCUCCCUCCCUGGUAAGAGGACCCAGUCAGAGCUUGAGGAGUUCCUGGUCCCCAGGAAGAUGGCCAUCAGUCCUCUAGAGAGCUGGCUGACUGCUCAAUACUUAUUGCCCAGACGGAAUGUCGAGGUCCCAGUGACUCUGGCUCCCUCCCAGUUCUACGAAUGUCCACCUAGGCAGGGGGAGGAGGAAGCCCAGCAGGGAGUCAGGGAAGCCUGGGAUGCCACUCCAGUGCAGUGCAAAAACGUGCUGAAGAUCCGAAGGCGAAAGAUGAACCACCACAAGUACCGUAAACUGGUCAAAAGGACCCGGUUUCUACGUCGCAAGGUCCGGGAAGGACGUUUGAAGAAGAAGCAGAUCAAAUUUGAGAAAGACUUGAAGCGCAUCUGGCUUAAGGCAGGCCUGAAGGAAGCCCCUGAGAACUGGCAGACCCCGAAGAUCUACCUGAAGAACAAAUAAUCUGGGUUCCUGUCCCUCUGGCUCUCUUGCUGCUUCUGACCCACUAUAAUAAAUAUUGGAAGGACUCAAUUAUUCUA